AUGUUCUUUUCGUCCUGCCCAACCAAGACUAUAAAACUCGAGAUCAGUGAUAUAACGUCUCUCCUCAUAUUCAAGAGACAUUCAUCCUCGAAGAGAUGGCAAGCACGUCAGAUCAAAGACCACUUUACAAGGGCUGCGGCAGUACAAGGCUUGAAGAGCCGUGCAGCAUUCAAAUUAUUGCAGAUCGAUGAGAAAUAUCACAUUUUCAAGAGUGGGCAAACAGUAGUGGAUCUGGGAUACGCCCCCGGCUCCUGGUCUCAGGUGGCAGUGACUCGAACUCAACCGAACGGUCGAGUCCUGGGCGUAGACAUAAUCCCAGCACAGCCCCCCAAAGGCGUCUCCACCAUACAGGGCAACUUCCUUGCCCCAGAUAUUCAGGCCUACGUUCGGGAGUUCCUCCGCGAUCCUUGUAGAGGCAGACCGCGUUCCCCUGGUCCGUGGGACGGUGACGGACACAAUAAUACGACCUUGAGUACGACCGCGAGCAUGGAGCAUAAUAGCGAGUGCAUCGGACAAAGUGAUGCCGUGUCGGAGAGAACGGUAGAUGUGGUUUUAAGCGAUAUGAUGAUGAACACAAGCGGCGUGAAUUUCCGAGAUCACGCCGGCAGCAUGGACCUCUGCCGUGCCGCAUUGCAAUUCAGCUUUGACACCUUACGAACUGGAGGUCAUUUCAUUUGCAAAUUUUAUCAAGGGGUCGAGGACAAAGAACUAGAGAGACAGUUCAAAGCACUCUUCCAUAGAGUGCACAGGAUCAAGCCAGAGUCUUCACGAAAUGAAUCAAGGGAAGCGUACUUUGUUGGCCUCGACAGAAGGAAUAACGCGUUGAAAAAUGAGGUCCUCAUUCAUUCCUAA